AUGUUCAACAAGAUCGGCCUCCUCUCUUUGGCCCUUGCCACCGUCGUCUACGGCCAGCAAGUCGGCACUCUCACCGCCGAGAGCCAUCCCUCGCUCAAGGCGCAGAAGUGUACUUCCGCCGGCUGCACCACUGAGUCCACCUCAGUCGUCCUGGACGCCAACUGGCGCUGGCUGCAUACCACCUCCGGUUCCACCAACUGCUACACUGGCAACACCUGGGACACGUCUCUUUGUCCUGACGGUGCCACUUGCGCCGCGAACUGCGCUCUCGACGGUGCCGACUACUCCGGAACCUAUGGUAUCAGCUCCACCGGCACCGCGCUCACGCUAAAGUUCGUCACUAAGGGAACCUACUCGACCAACAUCGGAUCCCGCGUCUACCUCCUCGAGAGCGACACAAAGUACAAGCUGUUCAAGCUCAAGAACCAGGAGUUCACCUUCGAUGUCGAUGUGUCCAACUUGCCCUGCGGACUUAACGGCGCGCUCUACUUCUCGGAGAUGAAGGCUGAUGGAGGCUUGGCGGACUACCCCACCAACAAGGCCGGUGCCAAGUACGGAACCGGUUACUGCGAUGCCCAAUGCCCCCAUGACAUCAAGUUCAUCAACGGAGAGGCAAACGUGGAAGGCUGGGAGCCCUCCGACAACGACGCCAACGCCGGCUCGGGCACCUACGGAUCCUGCUGCAACGAGAUGGACAUCUGGGAGGCGAACAGCAUGGCCGCGGCCUACACCCCGCAUGGGUGCACGAAGUCCGGCCCCUACCGCUGCGAGGGCACUGAGUGCGGCGACGGCGACGAGCGCUACUCGGGAGUCUGCGACAAGGACGGGUGCGACUUUAACAGCUACCGCAUGGGCGACACGACCUUCCUCGGCAAGGGCAAGACUGUCGACACCUCCUCGAAGUUCACCGUUAUCACCCAGUUCAUCACCGCCGACAACACCACCACUGGCGACCUUGUGGAGAUCCGCCGCGUCUACGUCCAGGGCGGCAAGGUGAUCCAGAACUCGAAGGUCACCCUCGCGGGCAUGGAGCCGUACGACUCGGUGACCGAGGACUUCUGCGCGGACCAGAAGACGCUCUUCGGCGACACCAACGACUUCGCGGUCAAGGGCGGACUGGAGACCAUGGGCAAGGCGCUCGAGAACGGCAUGGUCCUCGCCCUGUCCAUCUGGGACGACCACGCGGCAAACAUGCUCUGGCUCGACUCCAACUACCCUCUCGACAAAGACGCCAGCGAGCCCGGUGUUGCCCGUGGCGCCUGUGGAACCGACACCGGCGUUCCUGAGGACGUCGAGAGCGCCUCCCCCAACGCCUCCGUCACCUUCUCCAACAUCAAGUACGGUGACAUCGGCUCAACCUACGCCAGCACCUAAAUCGUUGGAUAGGAAAGUUACUGGUGGGCGAGGCGUGGAGAGAAGGGUCGGGCUGGGCUCGGGC